GACUAAAAGUGUACACAUAGGAAUUCUGAACUUCACAAUGUCUAUUUUACCAUUCACCCCGCCGAUAGUGAAGAGACUGUUAGGGUGGAAGAAGGGAGAGCAGAACAGUCAGGAGGAGAAAUGGUGUGAAAAAGCGGUGAAAAGUUUGGUGAAAAAGCUAAAGAAAACUGGACAGCUGGACGAGCUAGAGAAAGCCAUUACUACCCAGAACGCCAACACCAAGUGUAUCACUAUUCCGAGGUCUCUUGAUGGGAGGUUGCAGGUUUCUCAUAGGAAAGGUCUUCCUCACGUCAUAUAUUGCCGGCUUUGGCGCUGGCCGGACCUGCAGUCUCACCACGAGCUGAGAGCCAUAGAGCUGUGUGAGUUUGCCUUUCACAUGAAGAAGGAUGAGGUUUGUGUGAACCCCUACCACUAUCAGCGUGUAGAGACUCCAGUUCUUCCACCCGUGUUGGUCCCUCGCCACCCUGAGAUACCCAGUGAGUUCCCUCCUCUGGAUGACUACAGUAACUCCAUUCCUGAAAACACAAACUUUCCAGCUGGCAUCGAGCCUUCUAGCAACUAUAUUGCAGAGACACCCCCUCCAGGGUACCUCAGUGAGGAUGGAGAGACCAACGACUAUCCGCUGAACCCUAGCAUGGACACAGGAUCUCCGAACCUGUCACCCAACUCAUUAUCUCCAGCACCCAGUAACUUGGACCUGCAGCCUGUCACAUAUUGUGAACCGGUGUUCUGGUGCUCCAUAUCAUACUAUGAGCUAAACCAGCGGGUUGGCGAGAUCUUCCAUGCCUCUCAGCCUUCUCUCACGGUAGAUGGCUUUACCGAUCCGUCCAACUCGGAGCGCUUUUGUCUGGGCCUGCUGUCCAAUAUCAAUCGCAACGCUGCUGUUGAGCUCACACGGAGACACAUCGGGCGGGGCGUGCGUUUAUACUACAUCGGAGGUGAGGUGUUUGCUGAGUGUCUCAGUGACAGUGCCAUCUUUGUUCAAAGUCCAAAUUGCAACCAGCGAUACGGAUGGCACCCUGCCACCGUCUGCAAGAUUCCACCAGGUUGUAACUUGAAAAUUUUCAAUAAUCAGGAGUUUGCUGCCCUUUUGGCCCAGUCAGUGAACCAAGGCUUCGAGGCAGUGUAUCAGCUGACCCGCAUGUGCACGAUCCGCAUGAGUUUCGUCAAGGGCUGGGGAGCUGAGUACAGGCGACAGACAGUCACUAGCACCCCCUGCUGGAUAGAGCUGCACCUGAACGGACCUCUGCAGUGGCUGGACAAGGUGCUCACCCAGAUGGGCUCCCCCUCCAUCCGAUGCUCCAGCGAGUCGUAGAAAGAGGCAUAGCAGUGAAAAAAGCAGUCUAACAGAUAAAAGAAAAGAAAGAUACUUCAGGAACUGAGAGGUAACAAUCUAAAAAGCCAUGAGUACAUAGG